CAGCUCUCGCUUCCCUCCGCCCUUCCCACCUGUCCGGAACCCGGGUCCAAACUCCCGCGAUUGCGUCAUAGAAUCCACCGCCUUCUUCCAAGGGCACUGUCCCGCCUCUCUCCCCGGAGGCGACUUCUUAUUGGUAGCAGUGCCGGUCACUCCGCUGCCACCUCCCACUCUCCCUGCUGGCCCCGCCUCCAGGGCGACGCAGGCUCCUUCCCGCUCUCUGGCUCCUCCCUCCCUCUCCUCCCGCUAAUCGCUGGGCGGCGUGCGCCGAGAAGUUCUGAGCAAAGUACUGGGAACUGGCAGCGCGAUCGCACCGCUGGCGAUCGGGGCAGUGGGGAGAGGCGAGAGGCUGGCAGCCGGUGCGCAGCGUGGACUCCAGCCCUGCCGCCGUCCGUCUGCCAGUGGCCAUUCCCGCCCCCCUCUCCUGUGGCUGGUGCGGGAACUGUCAGCUGCGCGCUGCGGAGCGGCCAGAAAAGCCGGGUUUGCCUCCUCUCUGGUCUUUGAGCGAACCUGGAGCCCGGCACCGGGAAACUAGGCGGCGUCUGCUGGUUGCAGAGCGCGCAGGGGUCUUCUCUGGGUCACCCAGAAUGCUUUUACAUUGUACUGGGUGAGAGCUGAGCCACUUGCCUGUGUGGGACUUCCAUACUCUGGGCUCCGCUCUCUUCUGAUGGCAUUUUGACUGCAUCAAGGCCAAGUGACCAGCUGCUCACAAUGAGUGAUGAGAAGAACCUUGGAGUGUCCCAAAAAUUGGUCUCACCUUCAAGGAGCACAAGUAGCUGCUCCUCCAAGCAGGGAAGUCGACAGGACAGUUGGGAGGUGGUGGAAGGACUGAGGGGAGAGAUGAAUUACACCCAGGAGCCGCCACUUCAGAAAGGAUUCCUGCUGAAAAAGAGGAAAUGGCCCUUAAAGGGCUGGCACAAGAGAUUCUUCUAUCUGGACAAAGGAAUCUUGAAAUAUGCCAAGAGUCAAACCGAUAUAGAGAGAGAGAAGCUGCAUGGCUGCAUUGAUGUUGGGCUCUCGGUGAUGUCUGUGAAGAAGUCAUCAAAGUGCAUCGAUCUUGAUACUGAGGAGCACAUCUACCAUCUGAAGGUGAAAUCAGAAGAUGGCUUUGAUGAGUGGGUAUCCAAACUCCGUCAUCACAGAAUGUAUCGUCAAAAUGAAAUUGCCAUGUUUCCACACGAAGUGAAUCACUUUUUCUCAGGAUCUACCAUCACAGACUCUGCGUCUGGGGUGUUUGACUCCAUUUCAAGUAGGAAGCGCAGCAGUAUAUCAAAGCAGAAUUCCUUUCAAACCGGAAGCAAUUUGUCAUUUUCUUGCGGUGGGGAGACGCGAGUUCCAUUGUGGUUACAGUCUUCGGAGGACAUGGAAAAAUGCUCAAAAGACUUGGCACACUGUCACACCUAUCUGGUGGAAAUGAGCCAGCUCCUACAAAAUAUGGACGUUCUGCAUCGGACGUAUUCAGCACCAGCUAUCAACGCCAUCCAGGGUGGAGCUUUUGAAAGUCCCAAAAAGGAAAAAAGAUCGCACAGGAGGUGGCGGUCCAGAGCUAUUGGCAAAGAUGCUAAAGGAACGCUGCAGGUCCCUAAGCCUCUUUCUGGCCCACUAAGACUACACUCCUCCAAUCCUAAUUUAUCAACACUGGAUUUUGGAGAAGAGAAAAAUUAUUCUGAUGGCUCUGAAACCUCAUCAGAGUUUUCCAAAAUGCAAGAAGAUCUGUGUCAUAUUGCCCAUAAAGUUUACUUCACUUUAAGGUCAGCUUUUAAUACUCUGUCAAUGGAGAGAGAGAAAGUGAAGCAUCUGAUGGAACAGGACGUCACCUCCUCCCCCUCUGCCCAGGUCAUUGGUCUGAAGCACACCCUGUCAUCCGCCCUAGCACAAAACGCAGAUCUUAAAGAGCGCUUACGCAGAAUCCAUGCCGAGUCUUUGGUCCUCGACCCCCCGGCUGUUGCCAAGUUGGGUGACAGUCUGGCAGAGGAAAACUCCAGAGAUGAAAACCGAGCUCUGGUUCAUCAGCUUUCCAACGAAAGUAGACUCUCCGUCACUGACUCCCUUUCAGAGUUUUUUGAUGCACAGGAAGUUCUGUUAUCACCAAGCUCUUCAGAAAAUGAGGUUUGGAAGCUGUUUUCAAUUUCUGAUGACGACUCAUAUGUCAGUGACAUAAGUGAUAACCUUUCCUUAGACAACCUCAGUAAUGAUUUAGACAAUGAGAGACAGACCUUGGGGCCUGUUCUUGAAAGUGGCAGAGAAGUGAAGUCCAAAAGAAGAACCUGCUUGCCGGCACCAUGCCCCAACACCAGUAACAUCAGCUUGUGGAACAUCCUGAGAAACAACAUCGGGAAGGAUCUGUCAAAAGUGGCGAUGCCGGUGGAGCUAAACGAGCCCCUGAACACGCUGCAGAGGCUCUGUGAGGAGCUGGAGUACAGCGAGCUUCUGGACAAGGCCGCGCAGAUUCCUAAUCCCCUGGAAAGAAUGGUGUAUGUGGCGGCCUUUGCGGUAUCAGCAUAUGCGUCGAGCUACUUCCGGGCUGGGAGCAAGCCGUUUAAUCCAGUUCUUGGAGAAACAUACGAGUGUAUCCGUGAGGACAAGGGCUUCCAGUUUUUUUCAGAACAGGUCAGCCAUCAUCCACCUAUCUCUGCCUGUCAUGCUGAGUCUAGAAAUUUUGUUUUCUGGCAAGAUGUGAGAUGGAAAAACAAAUUCUGGGGCAAAUCCAUGGAAAUUGUUCCAAUUGGCACAACCCAUGUGACUCUGCCAGCCUUUGGAGAUCAUUUUGAGUGGAACAAAGUGACCUCCUGCAUCCAUAACAUCUUAAGCGGGCAGAGGUGGAUCGAGCACUACGGAGAGAUAGUCAUCAAGAACCUGAAUGACGAUUCCUGCCACUGCAAAGUGAAUUUUAUCAAGGCAAAAUACUGGAGCACUAACUCCCACGAGAUUGAAGGCACAGUGUUUGACAAGCGUGGGAAACCCGUGCAUCGACUGUUUGGGAAAUGGCAUGAAAGCAUCUACUGCGGUGGCUCCUCCUCGUCCGCUUGUGUCUGGAGAGCAAAUCCCAUACCUAAAGGCUAUGAGCAAUAUUAUGGCUUCACACAGUUUGCACUAGAAUUAAACGAAGUGGAUCCAUUGUCAAAGUCUUUAUUACCACCUACUGACACUCGAUUUAGACCAGACCAAAGGUUUCUAGAAGAAGGGAACUUAGAAGAAGCUGAAAUACAAAAGCAGAGGAUUGAACAGCUGCAGAGAGAAAGGCGGCGGGUGUUGGAAGAAAAUAACUUGGAACACCAACCUCGAUUUUUCAGGAAAUCUGAUGAUGAUUCUUGGGUGAGCAACGGCACCUAUUUGGAACUUAGAAAAGAUCUUGGUUUUUCCAAACUGGACCAUCCUGUCUUGUGGUGAAAAAGGAAAGAAGAAAAAAGAUAUGUCAGUGUACUUCUCUUGUGUUUGCAUUCUGAAGCAGCACCAACCUGUCUAUAUAUUUAAAAGAUAUUAUCUAGAAUGAUCAACUGUGCUUAUCGUUGUAUUUAAGUAUAUAUUUUCUUCAGUGGGUUUCUUUACAAUUCCAAAUGUUAUCAUGAUUGUUUAUAUGAAUGUAGAACACCUUGAUAUUUCUUUUUAUAUAUGAACUAUUUAAUAAAAAUGAAAGAUUGAAUGUUAAAGUGUGGGUUAAAAAAGAAGCUUUAACACUAAUUUUCCAAAGGUUAGGGAAAAUUCAAAUGAAAGUUAUGCCUUAUAGAAUUAUGUUGGAGGGAAAAAAACAAGAACAUCAAUCUCUCCCAGGUGCAUUAAGAAAUCAGAAAAAACCCAGGGUUACUCACCCAUGCGUAAGCUACCCAAGUUUAAUUUGGUGGCUCAGAUAUCUUUUUGCCUCAGACAGCUCUUGAAUUGCUCAUACAGAACAAUUCUGCUGGUGCUGGAAUCUGAAAAUCCUUCUAUUUGCAUUUUGUGGUUGAGGGAUGGUAUAGGAUUAGUGGAACUUAUAUUUUUAUAGAAAGUGGAUAUAGCACCUUCUGAAAGAGGAGGCAUUUGCGCUCAUAGUUUGUUGCCUUAUGUGCAAAAGCGUACCCUGUUGCCCCAUUAAUUCAAUGCUGCAAUGACAUCCCGGAGAGGAGAGUGCUCUUUAGUGAGAGCUGAAUCCUUGACAAGUUAAGAAACUAUUUCCUGCUUCCUGCCCUACCCUUGCUCUCGCCACUGUUAGGUCACAUCUCUGUUGAGUGUGGAGUGUCCCAGUUUACUGUGAAACAUACAGUGCAUUCCACGAGCAAUUUGACUUUCUGAAAGGGUAGUGAAAUAACUGAUUGUAUUAAAGAACUGAAGGUGUUUUUCUUAAAUACUGUUUUGGUAUUUUCUACCUCUGAAUAAGCACCAUAUUUUAGAUCUUGUAUGAAAAGUUUGACCAUCUGCCUUAUAGACUAACAUAGAGAAUUCAUGUUCUUCCUUUGUACUGUUUGUGUUCUGAUAAAGCUCUAAGUGUCUCAGUGUCUUCUUACCCUGUCCUACACUUAUUCAUAUCACUCUAUUGUGAGUUUUGCAGCAGUCUCAAAUAGUAGGGAUUAAUGCUACUGAAAGGGGAAAUUUUGUCUUUUUAAAUGUGUUGUUUCAAAUUACAAUAAUAUACUUUGUGCACUAGUUGAAUUGUGUUAUCAGUUCGCUUCCAGACUACAUUAAAACCAAAGCCCAAUUUUCAAGCCUUCUACUCUCAUGUCAGUAACAGUGCUAUGGAAUAUAAAGUAUAAUGAUGUGGUUAGAAGAUUUCUCCAGAAAAAUUAUUUUUAGAUAUGUAAAGAAUCUCAGUGUAUGUGUGAUGCUGUGAAUGAAGAGGAGAAUAAAUAGCAGAAAAAGAAUGCAUAAUUUUCCAGUGUCGCCCUGGAGAACCAGUCGGACAGUAUCACAUUUUCAAAAUGGAGAGUCAUUUAAAGUAGAUCAGUAGCCCUUUAGAAUCUGCAAGUGACUGGCAUCUUAGAACGUUAAAUGACUGAUUAAGUACAGAUUCAUUUAUUCCAUUUUAUCUAGACAUCAGAAGGAACACAAUGUGCGUAUCAUUUCCAUUUCUAAGCAGUUGAAUGACACAGUCUCAUUCUUUGUCAUAUUCUUUGUUCUUUUCUUUUAAAGCAUCUAUCCAAAUUCUGCUCGCAGACACGAGGAAGCUGCCUGUAGAUUUAAGGGUACUCGAGGGGAAAACAAAUAUAGUUUUCACGACGUGAUGGUAAAUGUAGACUUUUAGUAAUAUUGGCUGUUAAAUAGGCCUGCUGCAGAGGCUGGCUCAAAAAAGACAACAACAACAGAACCCACAGCCUGAAUGGAUAUAGCUUUGUCAUGCAGUACUUGGAAAUUCUUUGUCUCCAUGCUAUUAUUUCAGUUGCGCUAAUGCUUUAUUUUGGAGUCAGAUAACUGGACCAAAUAUCUCCUCUGUAGUCAUUUUAGUUAAGAAGGGGGAGGAGUUGUGCAUUAGAAUAGGAUACAGAACUAUAUGCAGAUCUAAAACCCUGCUAGUCUAUAUAACAUCUAUAAAGGGCUUUUCUGACAUUUAAACAGCUCGGUGGUAUAUCCUGCUAUUAUAUUCUUGAAAGUAGCUUGAGGGGGAUAUGGCUUUUUUUCCCCCCUUCUGUCCCUAUUUUCAAUAGCACCUUUUCAUCUAAUUUAUAUCACAAGGACAUUCUCUGUUUUUAUGGUGAAGAAAACAGAAACAUGGCACUGUUUGGGAAGAACUGAGGUAGAACUUAAUUUUCUGGACUUUGAAUCUCCCGAUUAAAUAAUGCCAAUCACUGCACCAUUAGAGAGAUACGUGUUUUUACCUCCACUUUAUUCCUAAUUAUUUCUAACCAAAUUAAUCGUGAACUACAGAUAUUCUGGGAAAGGGAUUUUUUGCAGUCAACAACGUGGCACUUCGGGCGUUCUCUCCAAACUGCAGGAAAGCCAUUUAGAAACAAGUCAGCACUCUCCAGUGUAGCAAGUGGGGCAGCCAGCUCCCUCCUAGGCCCCAAAGCAACCUACCGGUUGCUGUCAAGUCAGCUCCAACUCAUGGUGGCCUCCUGUGUGUCAGAGUAGAACUGUGCUCCAUAGGGUUUUUGUUGGCUGAUGUUUUUCAAAAGCAGAUCACCAGGCAUGUGUUCCAAGGCA